UCGUGUUUAUUCAAAAGUAGCUAGCUGCAACAAAUAAGAUCUUAAAAAUACUACAUUGUUGAUAACCAGUUACUUAAACCACAUUAACCGUAAACAUGUUCAUUUAACGCAAUACUUAUAUGCUUUAACAGCAGAAUAUGACAUUUUGCCGGAACAGCUGUGACAGAAAUAUAAAGACAUUGACGUGCUGCUGUUAAACACAAGUACACACAUGUUGUUGUUGUUUUUAUAAUCAUGACUCUUCCAGCGUUACAUAGCAGUAGUGUUUUUUACAGGAGGAUCCUCAGUCUCUUUCCACAGGACAUCAGUUUAGCUUUUGCUUAUGGAUCUGCGGUCUUCAGACAGACGGGAACCUCGCAAGGUCAGAUGGGGAAGAACAUGCUGGACUUUAUUUUUGCUGUGGAUGAUCCGGUCACAUGGCACACCAUGAAUCUUAUUGACAACAGAAAGCAUUACUCUCUUCUCAAAUAUCUGGGCCCUAAACAGAUCAGCAUUGUCCAGAAUGACUACGGAGCAGGAGUCUACUUCAACACACUUGUACCAACCGAUGAGCGGGUUAUAAAGUAUGGUGUGGUCAGUACAGAUACUUUAAUUGAUGAUUUACUCCACUGGAGGACCCUGUAUGUGGCAGGCAGACUACACAAACCUGUCAACAUUCUGCUUCAGAAUGACAGUGGAAAACUUCAGACUGCCCUCGAGAGAAACCUAAAAAGUGCUGUGACCGCUUCUUUCCUGAUGCUGCCUGAAAGUUUUUCAGAAGAAGAUCUUUUUCUCCAGAUUGCAGGACUGUCCUACUCUGGGGACUUCAGAAUGGUGAUCGGUGAGGACAGAUCCAAGAUCUCCAACAUCGUAAAGGAAAACACACCACAUUUUCGGAAGUUAUAUAACAAUAUUCUUCAAGAGUGCCCACAGGUGGUGUACAAGCCUCAACAGGGCCGACUGGAGGUUGACAAGAGUCCAGAGGGUCAGUUCACACAGCUCAUGGCUCUUCCACGGACCUUACAACAGCAGAUCACACGUCUGGUGGAUCCACCCGGUAAAAACAGAGAUGUGGAGGAAAUCCUCCUACAGGUGGCCCAGGAUCCAGACUGUGGAUCAGUUGUACAGCAAGGAAUCUCUUCAAUAGUGAAAACCUCCAGCAUAACACAAAGUGCCAAAGGAAUUGCCACAGCCGGUCUUGUCAAAACAGUGGUGUACAGUGUCAAAAAGCUGCGGAAAAUGUGGAGAGGCUGGCGUCGAAAACCUAUAUAGCCCCCAUGUCACGCUACAAAUAUUUAUUAAAACAAUGUACAAAUUGUGUAAUGAAAUGACUGAUGUUUGCAUUGAAGUCCUGUGCUGUAUCCAUUAUUUUGGAAAAUUGUCUCUUUUCAAAAUAGUGGAUAAUUUAUUUGUAAUUUCUAACAAGUAAACAUU